AUGGUGCCUGCGAGGAUCCCGCAAGGGACCGACGAAGAGCUAGGCAAGAAAGAUGACGACCAUCGCUUCCCAGACCAUCCACGCUUCAGACCGAUCCACCCCUCCCGAAUACCUCGUCCUCGACGACUUCUAUUUAUUAUUCUUAUACUUUUCGCGGUCUACCAAUUCUUCAAGCAUAUGCCCACCGAUCUUACUCCAGCUGCCGAACGAUACAAUCCGAAGAUUGCAAGCCUCAAGCACCAAAAUCCUAUUUCGUCCCCUCCCGGACCAAAUCAGUCGCCGCCUAGACCCAAGGUUGAGUCUUCUUUGAUGAGCGAUGGUAAAGACCAUGAGAUGAUUACAGAGGUAAAUUAUGAUGGGAAGAUUAAAUUCUAUGAGUUGGCGCAGUCUCUCCCACACCGUGAACAUGAUGCGAAUACGGCCAGCCGUGCGGUUGUCUUUGCUGCGUCUAGUUUACAUAGCGUCUCAGACAUGCUGCCCUUGGCCUGUAAAAUGGCAACAAAGCAGUUGAAUCAUGUUCAUUUCGUCUUGAUGGGGAAAGACGAAGUGUCCAUUCGAGGCAUUAAACAGGUCAAUGGCAUUUAUGACUCUGACUGUCCAAUAACCUGGCAUGACAGUCGACCCGACCGUGCUCCUGAGUCCAGUCAUGCUCGCAUGGAACGAUCAGUGGCAGGUGGCCUCGAAAUUCUUCAAUCCUAUAUCCUUCCGGAAGUUAUCAUCACACAGAGUCAGGAGUGGGAGAAUUCGUUCUUUUGGAAUGGUGUAAACGCUCAUAAAUGGAAAUUCGGGACCCCCCAUAUUGCACUUCCAACAGCUUCAAUCAAUGUCAUGUGGAUUGCAUUGGUCGAUAGCACUGCAUUGCAAGUUUGGAAUGAUAUCAAGGUUGAUAUAGUUGUCCACGCAUCUGAAUCAUUUAGCUCGUUGAUUCGACUUAUUCGGUCAUUAGAUGCAGCCGACUAUCUGGGAUCAACACCUAGUCUAACUAUCGAGCUUCCUCAAUCGGUCGAUCUUGAACUACUUAGAGCCUUGCAGGACCUAAAGGGGCUGUCUCAGCUUGCGGGACAAAUCACUCUCCGACAUCGUAUCCAACCCCAUUUCGUGGACCCCGCUGAGUCUUCUCUUCGAACCGUGGAAUCCUUCUAUCCCCUAAACCCGAAGGUUUCUCACUUGCUCCUGCUUUCUCCACAGACAGAACUGGCCUCAUCAUUCUAUCACUAUCUCAAGUACAGCAUUCUUUUCUACAAGCAAUCAGCCCGUGCUCAACGUGAUACAUCAAAAUUACUCGGGAUUUCGCUAGAGCUCCCGUCCGUCAAACCAACAUCUGAUUAUGAACAAUUUGAUCCACCGUCUUUGCAGGCUUCGGACGAGGCUCGACCGAGCGGUAAAGAAUUUGUCCCAACCUUUUUAUGGCAGUCACCAAAUAGCAACGCUGCUUUGUAUUUCGGUGAUAAAUGGGCCGAAUUCCAUUCUUUCCUAUCCAGUCGCUUUGGUCACUCCGAGGUUAUCACAAAUAUACCCUCCCAGGAGAAACUCAUUUCUAAGAAAUACCCAGCUUUCUUGGAAUACCUCCUUGAGAUGAUCCGUGCCAAGGGUUAUUACAUGGUCUAUCCUUCAUUUCCAGGGCGUAUGGCGGUAUCUCUGGCAACGGUACAUUCUGAUAUUUAUCACCUACCAGAAGAAUUUGCUCACGGCGAGAGUCCGAACAAAUUGGACGAUGCAUCCAUCGAGGAAAUAAACAGCGCUGAUCAGCCUCUUCAGCCGCCUCCAACCGCUUUUGAGGCGUUAUCAGCCGAGAGACCAACUAGCCAUGCAUCAACCAUUAUGUCUCUUCUCGACAGCUUUGAACUGGGAUUCCAGGAUGUAGAUACUUUGCCACUCGUUUCCUACAGCGGCGAGCACUUGUCAGCAGAGACACUCGAUAAACAGACUAAGGAAUACGCCAAAGAAUUCAGAGUUCGCUAUGGACGCUGUUCUGAUGAGGCAGAGAGUGUGAAUGGUCCCUCGGCAAAUUUGUUUUGCCAUUCUGAAUGA